AUGCCGGACAUCCAAAUCCAAGACUUCAAGGUCGAUAUCCCAGCAGCGGAAGUUGAACGGUUGCACCGCAAGCUUCGAGACACGAGGCUUCCUGGCAGGCCUGUUGUUCCGGAUGCCGGUCUAAACUAUGGUCAGUUCUUUGAGACCUCAACCCAUUUCUCCUCGAGGGACUGA